GGCGAUCGCACGAGAGGAGGAACGAUGCGAGUGCCGAGUUUUCUCUUGUGUCUCGUCGGCUCCCUGGCGGCUUCCCUGAGUCCGAAAAGCUUGGACGAAGAUGCGGCUCGAUCUUUCAUGAAGGAUUACGACGUGGAAGCCUCGGAGAGAUGCAAUCGAAAUGCUCUUGCCAGUUGGGCCUACGAAAAUGGUCUCAACAAGGAAAAUAGUCAGGCUGCUUCGGGGGAGAACCUGUCCCCUACGCUUUAUAGGAAGGAAGCAUGGAAGAACGUGACCUCGUUCGACUGGGAAGAAUUUCGCGACCCAGAGUUGAAGCGGCUCUUCAAGCUUCUUUCCAUCCUCGGCACGGCUGCCCUCCCGGACGAGAAAUACACACGGUUGGGAGAGCUGCAGAAUCAGAUGAUAGACAUAUACAGCAUGGCGACGAUCUGCGAUCACAAGGACAGAUCUCGCUGCAACCUCACCUUGGAACCAGAUCUGGAGCGGAAGAUGGCAAGCGUUCGCGACGCCGAUGAGUUGCAAUGGAUCUGGGAACAAUGGAGGGAAGCCACGGGGAAAAAGAUGAGGGAGAUCUUCAGCGAAUUCGUCGACCUCAGCAAUGAAGCUGCCAAGGCCAACGAGUUCCCGGACAUGGGUGCGAUGUGGCGCCAUCGCUUCGAGACGGAUUCGUUCGAGGAGGAAAUGGCGGAAAUGUGGGAGACGGUCCGGCCGUUGUACGAACAGCUUCACUCCUACGUCAGGCGGAAUCUACGUGAAAAGUACGGAGAGGAUAAGGUCUCGGCUGAUGGACCCAUCCCCGCUCAUCUGCUCGGUAACAUGUGGGCCCAGGAUUGGAGCAACCUCAAUGACCUCCUCCAACCUUGCAAGGGGAAACCGUCUCUCGACAUCACACCCGCGCUUCGAGAGCAGAAUUACACGGCAGAGAAGAUGUUUCGAUUAUCAGAGGAAUUUUACACGUCUCUGGGAUUGAGUCCGAUGCCGGAGACAUUUUGGAACCUUUCCAUCAUCGAGAAACCGAAAGACCGGACGAUUGUUUGCCAUGCUUCCGCCAUGGAUUUCUGCGAUUCCAAGGACUUCAGAAUCAAGCAGUGCACGGACGUGACGAUGGAGAACUUCGUGACGGUCCAUCACGAGAUGGGACAUGUCCAGUACUACAUUCAGUACAAAGACCAACACAUUGCCUUUCGGAAGGGAGCUAAUCCA